GCCCCGCCCGUCAGCUGUUGCUGCCCGGGCCGCGAUUGGCGCCCACUGGCGCCGCCCGGCCCCCGGUAUAAGGCGGCGGCGCGGCUGGGGAAGGAGCUGCCGCGGCUGCGGCGAGGCCGGGGAAUAGCGAGAAGGAAGACUUGCCAGACAAGAUCCAAAGCCAGUGUGACCUUCACCUUUCUCAUAAGGUGACUCAGAAACUCUGCGUAGAGGACUCCUACCCAGAGCUGCUUGGUGCAGGAGUUUGAAGAUGCAUCAAGACUGAUCGUGAGGACGGAAAAAUCUCCUGAAGAGGAGUCCAGCCUGAGCUGUUGGCCAUGUCUAUCACAGAUCACAGCCCCACCACGGGCGUGGUGACUGUCAUUGUUAUCCUGAUCGCUAUUGCAGCUCUGGGGGCCCUCAUCUUGGGCUGCUGGUGCUACCUGCGGCUGCAGAAGCUCAGCCAGUGUGAGGAUGAGGAAAGCAUUGUGGGGGAGGGAGAAACCAAAGAGCCCUUUCUGCUGGUGCAGUACUCUGCCAAAGGACCCUGUGUGGAGAGGAAGGCCAAGCUAACUCCAAAUGGCCCAGAAGUACACAGCUAACUCGGAGCAACACGCGCAGGUGGACUAUGCUCAUGAUACGUGUAACCAGCAGAGGCGUCUCAAUACUGUGAAGAACCUGGUCACGUGCACACUGCUCAGCAGAAGACACCCUGAUGAGAAUUAAAUAAGCUUUGUUUGCAACUGCAUGCACUGAGAAGUUGCACUUUGCAUUGACUGUGUAUCCUAAUUCCUCUUAGGCAGGAGCUGACUCGCCUGGUGUAAUGCCCAUUGCUGGCAAUGGGCACAGGGAUAUAUUGGUGUGAAGAGACUACUACUGGUUUUUGUUACGUGAAUGUUUAGCUGAGCCUAUUUUGAUGGAGCUACUACUGUAAUGUGAACUACUUUACAACUGUGAACUGUAAAUAGGCUGUCAGAAACUUCUUGCUUUGUGUUCUGUAGCACAUGGGAAUAUGAUGCAAGUGUGUACAAUACACAGGGGGAUUCCUGAACCACUACCAUGGAUGGGACUCCACACCUUCAAAACCAAAUCUGCAGUUAAAGCUUGCUUCUGCUACCAGAUUGAGUGUGCAGCCAUUACGUCAGAACUCCUCCUUUGAACAGUUUAUUGGAUUGAAGCAGAGUACUUCAUUUGAAAAGAAGGGAUAAGCCUAUGUAUUGUGCUGAGGGAGGAAACACAGGAGCUGCAAGAAAGGAAGAGUUCCUUUAGGUGCAGCUAUGUUGGUUAAGCUUUUGGCUCCUAGAACUGAGUUCUCUAUGUAGCUACUGCAAGGAAACUGCCAUUUUGAUGGGUUCCAACCUGGGAACUUAUGAUGGAUACUGAACCCUCAGGGAAAGUCCAGAAGGUUUCCAGGUGUGUGAAAUGGCAGUAGAGCAGGCUUCUCUAUCCACAGGUCUGUGUGCUGGAACUGCACAAGUGGUUACUUAGCAAAGCUGGCUUAAGUGCAGCUAGUAUCAAUUCUUCCCAGAACCCUGGUUUGUGUACUUGGGGUGUAUGUUAACAGCCUGUUACAAAAAGGCAUUUUAGUCUACAGCCAGCCUGUAGACUAGUCUAGAGCUACAAACUCUAGAAUUUGGUUAAUGUAUCUUGUAUAUAACUUUUGAUUGAACUGUACUACAACAGGAGAAGUUUCAGUCUUUUCUACUGUUGACAGGGGCAAGGGUUAUUGCUGGUCAGUUUGCAGAAGUUUUAGCUAGCAGUGUCCAAGUCCUUCCAGAUAACAUAUUUCCUGCUCUGUGCUGGAGUUCAGCUAUAGGAACUGUAAAAAGAUGUUAAAAGUUCCUGACUGCAAAGGUUUGGGGGGGAGGAGAAGGAACAACACUGAGCAGCCAAUGGCAGCUUACACAUUCUAAAAUCCUUCGUGUAGGCACACAUGCUUAGAGGUCACUGGCCUGUUUUCUAUUACUUUAUACAUGGCCUCCUUUGCAUACUGAUAUUUUUAAACACUUAAUUGCCUAGCCUUAAUUCAGCUCCAGAAGAAGCAUUAGACUUGCUUCUUGUACCUGUACAUAUGGAAUAACUUAAGGCCUAGCAAGCUUGCUUGAGAAUUUUAACUAUAUGCAAGACAAGAAUGGCCUAGACAAAAAGUCGUCCCCUUCUUCUAAAGUAAGAUGUUGGAUUGCUUUGUUAGUGCUACAUUUGUCUCUUUAAAAUUGAAAGCUGUAAUUUGAAGCAAAAAAAUGCUGUCAGUAGCAAAAAAGUAGCAAAAAGCUCCUGCUGUUGCCUCUUGGGUAUUACAUGUGGGGUACAGCUGAUAAUGUUCUUACCCUGACACGUGCUUUUUAAGAUACUGCUCUCAAGAGACUUGCAUGUAUAGUCAGACCUGUACACUUAAAUUGCUGUAUUUGAGACCUCUUAAAAGCAAACAAAAAAGGAUUAAUUCAGUAAGACUUCCUGUGGUUUUCAGUAGAGAACAGUUCACCCAUGGCUCUUGUGGUUUCCAGACAGUCAGAAUACCAGUAUACAAAAGUGAUACAAAGUGCUGAAGUUCUAGAACAGAACAGUUGCAGCAAGAUGACUUUGUCCAUUCAAGUUUACUGAUUACACAGAUGAAGUAUCUAUUUUAAUUCAGCAAAGAGAAUGCAGUGUCAAGGGCAAACUUCAGAAGUUAUGGAAAAGUAUAAAUCAAAGGUCUGAUUUCCCUUCCAGCAGCUGUAAGAGAAAGCCAGUGAAAACUGACUGGUUCUUAGUCAGAGGUGCUCACACUGCUGCCCCUAAAAACCAGGAUCUUUAAUUUAAAUGGAUAGGUGUUUGCAAGUUAGUGCAAUAGUAAAGUGCAGAAAGUGUUUUCCAUUCUCUUCUCUUAAGAUGGGGGUAUCCAAUAAGUUGUUCAAGUAUACAAAAAUAUUCCAUUUGAUUUUUCUUUUUCUAGAUCAUAUGGGGGAAAAAGUCUUUAUUUACAAUGAAUGUCAAUAAAAUUUGCAUAAAUACCUA